AUGAAUCGUCAUAGAGAUGAAAUAGGGAGAUUUGUAAGGAGACCCAACACCCCUAGUGAUAACUCUUCCGAUACAUCAAGCAUUGCCUCUCCCACCUCAACAAUUGCUCAUAAUCCAUUCGCCAUGGCCCAUCAUGAUGAAAUUCAGCAGAGAAGUCUAAAUGACUAUCUCCAUCCUACUCGCACUCCUACCCCUUCUUGUAUCCUCUUUCCACCUAAUAUGCCCAAUUUUGAAUUCAAACCUGGCAUGAUUCAACUCUUGCCAAAUUUCCAUGGUUUAGAAAAUGAAAAUCCUUAUGUGCAUAUUAGGGAAUUUGAGGAUGUGGAUAAAGCUAAAAGCUGGUUAUACUCUCUGAGACCAAGGUCUAUUGGAACAUGGGAAGAAAUGACAUCAUCAUUCUUUCACAAAUACUUCCCUAACCACAAGACCAAUGGUUUAAAAAGGCAGAUUUCUACCUUUUCCCAAAAAGACAAUGAAACUCUUUAUCAAGUCUGGGAAAGGUUUAAAGAACUGUUAACUCUUUGUCCCCACCAUGGUUAUGAAAAAUGGCGCCUAGUUAGUUAUUUCUAUGAAGGCCUCACCAGUCGUGAACGCCAGUUUAUAGAAAUGAUGUGCAAUGGUGAAUUCCUCCAAAAAGAUCAUGAAGAAGCCUUUGAAUAUCUCAAUGAGCUUGCAGAAAAAUCUCAUACUUGGACUGGUCCAAGUGCUACUGAAAGCACUAACAGAAAUCGACCAGCAGGAAUUUACCAACUAAGGGAGGAGGACAGUCUCAAAGCCCAAGUUGAGUCCUUAACAAAGCAACUUGAGGCCUUUAAAAAAAAAAAAAGUGGGCAAGGACUGAAUAUGGUUGCCAAAGCAGAAAUACAUGAGCCAUGUUUUCUGUGUGGAGAAUCGGAUCAUUUAGCUAAGGAUUGUUUAGCCUUUAGAGAAAUGAAGGGGGUUUAUGAAGAGCAAUGCAAUGCCUUAGGGACCUACAAUAAGCCAUUCUCCAAUACGUACAACCCUGGUUGGAGAAACCACCCAAAUUUCAGCUGGAAAGAUCCCAACCAAGCACAAUCUUCCGGAGGGCAAUGGAGAAAUGAGCACCAAAAUCAACCAUCAAAAGCUCAAUCUGCUCCUCAAUACAAUUCUCCACCUCAAAGGAGUUCUCUUGAGAACACCCUUCAAUCAUUCAUGGAGGAGCAAACUAAGAUAAAUCACCAAAUGAUGGAAGAAAUCAAAGAAAUGAAGAGUCAAUUUUCAAAAUUGACUGGAUCCUUGGCCAUUUCUGAAAGAGCUACCACUUCAAAAUCUCCUCAUGUUAUCCCUAAAAGUGUGCCAUCCAAUGCUUCUGCAAAAGUUCCAUUUCCCCAGGCUCUGAGAGCUACUGGGAGAAAUCUUGAAAAUCGAGGAGAAAUCCUUGAGCACUUGACACAAGUGAAGAUUAAUCUUCCUUUGCUUCACGUCAUCAAACAAGUGCCAGCCUAUGCUUAA